AUGUCAUAUAGCGAACCCACAGUACUCAUCAUAGGCGCAGGUACUUUCGGCGCGUCCACCGCGUAUCAUUUGAGCAAACAAUACAAGGAUCCAUCUCGGAUAACCAUCGUUGAUCGCUGGAAUACCAAUGCAUCACUUGGUCAAAAGCAGGCGGCAGCCAUCGACACCAACCGCAUCAUCCGUACCGACUACGAAUCGCACCUUUACUGCAAUCUCGCAAAUGAAGCUAUCCAUUUCUGGUUCUGGAGCAUUGCAGUUCAAGGCCACUUUCACAAAACUGGUUGGGUUGUUCUAGACAAGAAAGGCGGUACUUUUGGAGAUGCGAUCAAAAAGACAUUUUGCGAGCGCGGAGGCGAUUGCACGCGGGACUUACCAGCUAAAGACCUGGACAAGUACGCUGUGACCAAAGGGAUCAAGAGUGAACAAUAUGGCAAAGGCUACUUCAAUCCUGAAGCUGGAUGGUGCGAUGCAGAAAGAGCAACUCAAAGCUUUACUAAGGUUGCACUCGAGUCUGGUGUCAAAAGAGUAACCGGAGAAGUGCAAGAGUUAUUACUUAGUGCCGACAAAAGCCGCGUCGCUGGCGUUAAGCUGAGGGAUGGCCAGAUUCUCAGAGCCGACAAGAUCGUGUUAGCAGCAGGAGCAUGGACCAGCUCUCUGAUGUCACCAAUUGAAGACACUUUGAAGAUCCAAGAGCAGGAUCGCAUCGAGCGUCAGGUCACCGCAGUCGGACGUGUCUCCGCGUACUACACACUGAACGAACAAGAUACCCAAGGCAUGAUCGACGAAGAAGUCCCCGUGAUCGUCAUUGGUGGAGAAGUCGACAUCAUUCCACCUUCGCAGCCGAACCGGACGCUGAAGAUCAAUGAUCUUAAGACAGAGAUCGUCAACAGGGUCACAACACCUUCUGGACAUACCAUCACCAUGCCAUCACGGAGGAACCAAAACGAUGUUCCGGAGAAGCUGAAGCACGAAAGUGCACAAAUAAUUCACAACGCCAUGCCAGAGUGGACGCGCAGCAGACAACCAGACCGCUGGCGAAUUUGCUACGAUGCUGUCACACCCACAGAAGACUGGCUCAUGUGCCAGCACCCUCAUCAACAGCUCGCCAAUCUAUAUCUGGCAGUCGGUGGCAGCUUUCAUUCGUACAAGUUCCUCCCCGUCGCUGGCAACUACAUGUGCAAUGUGCUAUCUGGUAAGAGUAAUGGCGAAGAGAAGGAUACCGCUUGGAAGUGGAAAAACGCGGAGGAACUAUCCUGUCGCAAAGGUAAGGAAUUUGGCGAGAGCCCAAGGAAUUGCGAUAAGAAGGAGUUGGGUGAGUACGAGGGGGUAUCAUCGAGUUGGUCAGCAAAUGCUAGUAUGUCUCACCUAAAGGAAACUCAGACAACCGACGAUACCAGCCAAGAGGAUUCUUGCGUCCAGUUUGCCAGUGGAAAGAAGGUGAUCAUCCUCCCCAACGACCCGCCCUCGAAAAAGCCCGAAGAUGAAUACAUCUUAGUUAGUGAUCCCAUGGCUGAUGCUGUCGACAACUUGGGCGUCUCUGGCCUCCUCAUCCAUUACGCUAGUAUCCUCGCAGUCGAAACUAAAGCAGACCUCCACACCAGCCCACAAUGGGAUGCGCUCGUCGAGGGCCUCGAUACUCUACGCGUCUGUUCCAAACUUUUCUCAAACGCCACCAUCGAUGAUCUGCCCAAAGUGUUCGGGUAUGUCAACUUCAAACUAUCGCCGCAACACCAGGUCACCCUUUUUAUCGUCCUUUCAGCCAUAUUCAAGACGACUGACUGGAUGCGCUUCGAGCGUCAGGUUGUCGAGAAGGAGGAAUUCGGGAUAUCAGCUGUCGUAUGGGCGUUCAAAAUCGGUCCUAGGGGUCUGACACUGGGGCGGUCAAAAGGAAAGAAGGAGCUUGAAACACUCCUGGAGGCGGAGGAGGCGUGGAUCGCUGCUAACCGCAACGCGGUCGAUUAUGAAGACAGCAAGAAGGCGCUGCUGCAGCUCGCUGCUGGAUUCGUGGAGUGGGGUACGAACGCGGCCGGUUUCUUUAGCGCUAAGUAG